ACCCCGCGAUUGCGGUUUGCGGUAUAUGAGAAUGGUGGGGCCUAGAAGGACUAGAUAAUGUGGGGAUAACCGUGUGAAUUAUCAACCAACAGUGAUCUGGAAAACACAUGGGAGGCAAGUACAAGAGUAUGUCAGGAAUGUAGUCGCCUGCAGUCAGCCUUUUUGCGCAAUUGCAAGUGAUACAACCGAAUAUGUCGGUGACAGCGCUCUCUUGUGCUCCCAUAUGCGAGACGGAUGCAUAUGUUGAACUAUCACUCCUGGAUGGAGGGAGUUUCGUCGGCGAUUUAUCGCGGAUACAUGCAGGUAUCGCCCCGACCAGUUUUCGGAUGUACAACUGGGCGUUCUACAUCGCUCAUAAUGGGCGACAUAUACUGUGGGAUCUGGGGCUCGAGGAGGAUCGGUCAUGUUAUACGCCAUGGGUGAAUAAGUACAUGCUGGAGGCGAUAAACCACGUCGGCCCUCGAAGGUCGAUAAUCCAGCAGCUGAAAGAAAGAGGCAUUGCAGCAGGACAGAUAGACACAGUUUUGUUCAGUCACGCGCACUGGGACCACUGUCGGCCAAUACGAGACGAAUUUCCCAAUGCAACCGCUUAUUUUGGGCCUGGUACAAGAGCUGGAUGCUCUCCCGGUCAUCUAGCAGAUCCCGAAAUACAAUGGGAUGGGAGGUAUUUCGACCCGGACCACGCCACAGAGAAAUGGGAGGAGCUGGACGGUUCUUGGGUGCCAUUUGGGCCGUUUGAAAAAGCAUUAGAUUAUUUCGGGGAUGGUAGUUUCUGGAUCCUGCAGGCGCCUGGCCAUAUGGCCGGCAACCUCUGCGCUGCGGCAAGACUGCGUUGUGGUGAAUGGGUCCUUCUCGGGAGCGAUUGUUGUCACUCAAGAGAGCUUCUCGACGGCAAGUAUGAGAUAUCCGAAUUCUGCGUCCCAGGAAUUGGGAAGACUUCGCUGCAUGCCGAUAUUGCUGCUGCGAGGGGUACGAUUGCGAGAAUACGCCUUCUGGAAAAAGAGUAUGGAUUCCAUGUCGCCCUGGCCCAUGAUGCCACCUGGAUGAAGGAGCGGAACGACCCAAUUCUCAUGUCUUUGUUAGAUGAGGACAUGAGGAAGGCGGCUGAAGAACGUAUAGCGAAUGACGAGACCCCCUGAAAUAGAUGUCGCCAGCAUAUAUGAGUAGACUCCGUACAUUAUCAUCUCGCAAACUUUGUGAGGGCCGUUGGAUAG